AGUCUAAGCUGGAGCGUCAGGAGCAGCGGGGCAGACACCGCCUUCAGAGCCGGGUUGUUUUGACCCGGGUCUGCCUCCUGCUCCACGGGCCUCGGGUGCAGGGCAUUCUGGGAGUUAUUCAGGAUGACGGGGAAGAGCCUGCUGCUUAAGGUGAUCCUGUUGGGAGACGGAGGAGUGGGGAAGUCCUCCUUGAUGAAUCGGUACGUAACAGACCGUUUUGACUCCCAGUCCUUUCACACCAUCGGGGUAGAGUUUCUGAACCGCGACCUGGAGGUGGACGGGCGUUUGGUGACUCUUCAGAUCUGGGACACGGCGGGGCAGGAGCGUUUCAAGUCUCUGCGCACGCCGUUCUACCGAGGGGCCGACUGUUGCCUGCUCACGUUCGCCGUCAACGAUCUGCAGAGCUUCCAAAACCUCGGCGGCUGGAAAAAAGAAUUUAUGUAUUACUCAGAUGUGAAAAACCCCGAGCGCUUCCCGUUUGUGGUGCUAGGCAACAAAGUGGACAUGGACGAGCGGGAGGUGGGAGCGGACGAGGCGCGGGCGUGGUGCGAGGAGAACGGCUGCUGCCCGUACUUUGAGACCAGCGCCAAGGACGACACCAACGUCACCGCCGCCUUCGAGGCCGCCGUCCGAGAGGUGCUGGCCGCAGAGGAGCACCUGGACCACACUCUGCUCAGUAGCACUAUAGAUCUCCACGGUAACCGGAAAACGCCACGCGCCUCCUGCUGCUGAUCGGUCAUUUACGUUGACCUUUUUAAACCUCGGCCAAAGCGCGUGGCAGGUGUGAAGCGUAACAUUUAUGGUACGUGUGCUUCAGGUACAAAGGGUCUGGAGAUAAAACGGAGAAGUUUAUCAGAUCUGAGAAGGGCUUUGUCAGUAUUUCAGUUUUACAAUUUAAGUUCACAUUUAAAGGUACGCAGGUUUAAAUAUGUAUAACAAUUUAAGUUUGCAUUUAAAAGGUACGCAGGUUCAAAUAUAUAUAACGGUUUAAGUUCAUAUUUAAGCAGGUUCAAAUAUAUAUAACAAUUUAAGUUCACAUUUAAGCAGGUUCAAAUAUAUACUGUAUAACGUUUUAAGUUCACAUUUAAAGGUACGGCAGGGAAUGUUAAAAGUCUAAUAUAAUAAUGGAGAUGUGUUUUCAUGGUCCACAUUUACAUGGUGUGUUCAUUUGCUUGAAAAGCACAGUGUACUUUUAGCAGAGCAACAAGCAGUGAGCGGUUAUUUCAACAGAAGUCGUUUAAAAAAGGGACUUUCCGCACAGAAUCUCAUCCAUCCUCUCGUCGAUACGGUUCAUUGUACAAACACAGAAGGGAUUAUUAUUAGUUUUUGUUGAAGCGGCUGGUGAAGUGAUGGCUGCUCGUUGUGUAACUUGCUCAUAUUAGAAACUAUGUGAUGUAUAUGUUUGUUUUUCGGUUAAGUUAAUUCGUUCACUGGUUGUUUUAUUGCAGUACUGUAGCCAUAACUGCAUAGAACAACAGAAGUCUCACUGUUACUGCCUCUUAGGAGCAGCACUUCUGACGUUUUGAUUUUGAAGAAACAUUCCCACAUGGGCUGCCUGUUCAGAACGUGCCCUGCUGUCGACGUCUACACUUUAACAUUUUUAUCUUCGUGAAAUCCACGAUGUAGCUGAACACACAGUACAUGAAAUGAUACUUUAAACGCUCACCUUCAGUUUUGUGACGAACGUGAGCUUCCAUUCCACGUUUUACCUCAACACUAUGGUCCAUUUUAGUCUUGCUUUUUGCGUUGUUUUGUUGUUUGCGUUUAACCGUUUUGUUUUGUGUUUUUAUGGUUUACAAAGCGUCAGUAUUUCACCUCCGCUAGUGUUGGGAGGAGUGUCAUUGUCCCGAUUGAGAGCCGACAAAACAAGCACAAAAGUUCAGCGUUUUUUCUCCAAGAUCGAUCUAAAAUCUGUCGUUUCGAUGCUUAAAGUUCCACAGUGUUACCACUAGAUGCCGCCAAAGCUUCAUACCAUAUUAUUACCUGAGCUCAGGACCAUUCAGGGGAGUAUUUCCAAAAAAACCUGAAGAUGAACCAACAGUUUUCUCCUGUUAUUGGUAUAAUAUUUUAAUCUAACAAGGAGCCUGGAGCGUGUCCGUCUCGUUGAUGUAAUCCGUCUUUUGUCUGUGUUUUUGUGCAGAAGAGUCACUCACUCUCCUGGUUUUAUGGGAAACGUCUUGGUACUUUCUUUGUUAAUCAUGUUUUUUUUUCAAUUAUAAAAGUUGCUUCAAAGUUUGUAGCUUUUAAAAUCCCUCAUGUUGAAUUCCUGCUGCAGCCUUUGUCAGUAUUACGAUUGUAUAUGUGACUGGGCCUGUGCACACAUGGCCUAAAUGCAUUUUCAAAGGGCAUUCUUUUCUUUCUUUUUUUUAAUAAUAGUAAUUUUGUAAAUGUUUUGAGCUGCGGAAUGUGAGGUUGUGCUCAGGCCUGUCACGAGAAAUACUAAAUGGACUUAACGGUCUGUAUAUGAAACCUGGAACAGUAUUUUUUGGGGUCAGUAUUUAUCCUUUUUUUUUUAAUUGCAGUACUUAGAAAUCUAUUAUUUUUUUGUCCACACAACCUUCUACGAGCUCAUUACAAAUGCAAACUAAGCACUAAACGGUUUAAUUCUGCUGUUUAUUUAUUGCAACUCGUGUUUUUUUUGUCACAUUUUAGAUUUAUAAUAGUUUUUGUGGUUUAAAUCUGCUCUUUUCGUGUCAGUGGCAUAAAUGAGUUUUACGUUUGUUUUCGUGACAGGCCUAGUUUUGCUUCAGUGGUUUCUGGAUUCACUCGUUCUCAUACAAAUUGAUUUUUUUGCACUAUGGACAUGGAGACUGUGUGGACGAUUGUGCCUCUGUUUGGCCACAGUUUGUCCAGCGCUUGCCAAUGAAUAAAACUUGCAGCAUAAUUUC